ACGAUAUAUAGUAAAUUGUAUGGUUAAAGUAGGUACAUCAAAAAAUCAUGCUGAACAAUUAGCUGAUGUAUUGGUUGCAGCUGAUGUACGAGGACAUUACAGUCAUGGAUUAAAUCGAUUAAAUAUGUAUGUUCGAGAUGUACAAACAGGUAUAUGCAUGAAAGAUGGUAUGCCAAAAAUUCUCAAAGAGCAUGCCGCAAGUGCAUGGAUUGAUGGAAAUAAUUUACUUGGCCCAGUGCAAUUAAAAAAGCGAAAGAAGCAGGUAUUGGAUGGGUUGUUGCUAAAG